UCCUCCACCAACACUCCGGCUUCGAGCAGGCGUACAGCAACAGCCAGAGUCGGAAACCUUACUGACAGAUCUCGCAAUGCUUUUAUUAUUUGAUUUUUGACGGAGUGUUGCCUUUGAAGCUAACUCUGGCGACAUGGGGAGCUCCAGUUAGCAUCGAAGCUAACCAGCGCUAGCUCUUUCACCGGCGAACUGGAAAGCGACGAGGGAAUGGCAAGACAUCCCACAAAGGAUCAAUUAAAACGAAACAACAACUAAAAACCCCAAACCCAGGAUUAGUCCGGUUUUGUUACUGUUCAUUCACAAGUAAGGCAAGUUGUUGGAGUCAGCAUUCCCCCCACCAUGGUGCAGAAAUACCAGUCACCUGUGCGGGUGUACAAGUACCCCUUCGAGCUGGUGAUGGCGGCUUAUGAGCGCCGCUUCCCCACAUGUCACCUCAUCCCCAUGUUUGUGGCCAGUGAUGUGGUCAGUGAAGAGACCAGUGAAGAUGACAGUACUCACAAGAUCGAACGCCGCUGUGCUCUGGAUGUGGAUGCCCCCCGUCUUCUGAAAAGGAUUGCUGGUGUGGACUACGUUUACUUCAUCCAGAGAAACACCCUGAACCGUAAAGAGAGAACACUGCACAUCGAAUCGCACAAUGAAACCUUCUCCAACAGAGUUAUCAUCCAUGAGACCUGCUGCUACUCGGUUCAUCCCGAGAAUGAAGAUUGGACCUGCUUCGAGCAGACUGCCAGCCUGGACAUCAAGUCCUUUUUUGGCUUUGAGAGCACAGUGGAGAAGAUCGCUAUGAAGCAGUAUGCUGGCAGCAUCAAAAAGGGAAAAGAGAUCAUUGAGUUCUACCUGAAGGAGCUUGAAGAUGAGGGCAUUACACAUGUACCACGCUGGUUGCCUUGCUCUCAGACAAUAGCUCUACCCAGACCGACCAGUUUGUCCACCACCCCCUGUGCCCUCCCCGCCCUCCCAAUGUCCCCCACGGUCCCUACCCCCACCCCCGCUGACGCCAAGGAUGGAGCCUGCGGAGAAACCAAACAAGAGACCAGCCUGGUGCUCCAGACUGAGAGCCUCCUGGAGAUGCUGGCUGGAACUCCCGAAGAUAAAUUGGAUGCAGAUUAUAUCAAACGUUACCUAGGUGACCUCACACCGCUGCAAGAGAGCUGUCUCAUCAGACUUCGGAAAUGGCUGCAAGAAACUCACAAGGGAAAGAUUCCCAAAGAUGAGCACAUCCUUCGUUUCUUGCGAGCUCGAGACUUUAACAUUGAUAAAGCACGGGAGAUUCUGUGCCAGUCUCUGACCUGGAGGAAGCAGCACCAAGUGGACUACCUUCUGGAGACCUGGACCUCUCCGCAGGUCCUGCAGGACUUUUACACAGGGGGCUGGCACCACCACGACCGAGAUGGUCGUCCCUUAUACAUCCUGAGACUGGGUCACAUGGACACAAAAGGACUGGUGCGGGCCCUGGGAGAGGAGUCCUUGCUGAGACAUGUUCUCUCUAUCAAUGAGGAAGGACUGAGGCGUUGUGAAGAGAACACAAAAGUCUUUGGCCGACCGAUUAGCUGCUGGACGUGUUUGGUGGACCUGGAGGGACUGAACAUGCGUCACUUGUGGAGGCCUGGGGUCAAAGCUCUGCUGAGGAUCAUAGAAGUGGUGGAAGCCAACUACCCCGAGACCCUGGGACGCCUGCUUAUCCUGAGAGCCCCCCGAGUGUUUCCCGUGCUCUGGACACUGGUCAGCCCAUUCAUUGAUGAAAAUACACGCAAGAAGUUCCUCAUCUAUGCAGGCAACGAUUACCAGGGCCCGGGAGGCUUGGUGGACUACAUAGACAAGGAGAUUAUCCCUGACUUCCUUGGAGGAGAGUGUAUGUGUGAGGUGCCUGAGGGAGGCCUGGUUCCUAAGUCCAUGUACCGAACGCCUGAGGAGAUGGAGAAUGAGGACGUGCGGCUGUGGACAGAGACCAUUUACCAGAGCUCCAGCAUCUUCAAAGGAGCUCCACAUGAGAUCCUUAUUGAGAUCAUUGAUGCCUCCUCUGUCAUCACCUGGGACUUCGACGUGUGUAAAGGAGAUGUGGUCUUUAACAUCUUCCACUCCAAACGCGCCCCCCAGACCCCUCGUAAGGACCCCCACGGGAUUACAUCUCCUGGAGGAAACAAUGUGCAGCUCAUAGACAAGUCCUGGACCCUGGGUCAGGACUACAGCAUGGUGGAGUCCCCCCUCACCUGCAAGGAGGGCGAGAGUGUACAGGGUUCACAUAUCACACGGUGGCCCGGGUUCUACAUCUUGCAGUGGAAGUUCCACAACAUGCCGGCUUGCUCCGCCACUAACCUGCCCCGAGUGGACGACGUUUUGGCCACGCUGCAGGUCUCCUCCCACAAGUGUAAAGUCAUGUACUACACAGAAGUACUGGGCUCCGAGGACUUCAGAACGGCUUGCUGUGAUGUGCGAAGUUUGGGUUCCAUGACCAGCUUGGAGUCCAGCCACAGCGGUUUCUCUCAGCUCAGUGCCACCUCAUCCAACCAAUCACAAUCCAGCUCCAUGAUCUCGAGGUAGAAGCAGGCCUAAGGAGGACUACAACUCCCAUGAUCCUCCAUUUUUCAACUGUGUGUUCGAUCACCCUGCAUCUGUUCCUUACUGCACAGCCAGUCUCUUAAGGGAACUAAAGCAUGCUUGCACAAAACAAAGAAAAACAAAUUCAUUCAGAGAAAAAAAUACUGUACAGAUUCCAAGGGCUCAUUUUUGCACAAAGGUCAUAUAUUUUUCGUGCCUGGCAUCAUUGUUAGGCCACAUUUUAAACCCAAACAUAAGCAGAAUGUUUAUGUGAGGUGAGAAAGCUGUAUAGAGCAAUAUUUCAUUCACGAUCGGAUGAAAACCACUGGAGGGCGCUGUUACGUAUAUGCAUUUGUACAGACACACAGCACUUUUGACAACGCCGACCUCAUCCACAUGCGUUGAAUAGACUGGACGUGCUGUUACAUUUACGGACCCUGCAAAAAUUCAGUGUAUUUGCCAUAUAUUUCCACACCAUCUUUGCUUAUCUAGUGUUUCUAGUACGAGUGUAAGCAUAGAGUUAGCAUUUAAACUUGGGUUGAUAACUGUAUAUUUUCUAAGAAGAAUCAUUCAAACAACCUCACGGUUACCAGAGGCCAUUUUGUCUUGUUAGUAAACUUUAGAUAAACAUCUGUGUCUUCUAACUCUUAACAUUGUAAUCUACUAGAAGCAAUACGUUUCUACAUUGUUGAAAAAUCUAUUUAUCAUUAAAAUAUUUGUAGAGUAUAUAAGUAGGAUACUUUAUGGGUGCUUGGUUGGAGUUUAUUUGAAAGUAAAACUGAGCCAGAUUUAUCAUUACUUGCUUUUGUCUCUUACAUCCCUCAGAAGACAUUUGCUUUUUGUGAGGUUGAGGAAUUAAAGUGGUCAAGAAAGAUGCCUUGAUAAUAUUGAAUUUUGAAUGUGUUAGUGAUUAGGAUUUUGUAAUAUAUGAACUGCCUGAAAUGGGAGAGUUGUGAUGACUGCCACUGAUGAACAUUACUUUUACAUUGAUAUUAGAGCUUAUAUUUGUCUUUUUGGAGAGAAUGUUACUUUGUCAUGAGGGAGCACCAGUCGUAAUACUGUAAUGCUUUCAAUCUUGUUACUGUUUUUGGAGUACUUGAUCGGGUGUAGAGAGUGGGAGUUUGAGCGGUUAGUAUGUGCAAGAUUUUAGAAAUACUUGCAGCCAUUUAAGAGCCAUGUGUCUAUACCAUUUUAGCCUUUUGUAAAAUAAUUGAGAAAAAAAAGCUUAGAAAUUUGCUUUUUCAAUACUGUCUAGACUGAGGUUAGACAGAACAGCAUGCUGAUUUCUAAAGCACUAAAUACAGUUACAUUUACACAUUUCACUGGUUAUGGAGACCAGGCACAACUAAAAGGGGCUCAUCAGCAAAGCAAAAUAUAUUCAGGAAAAGUCCAUUCAAACAUUAAAAUGUGUUGAUUUAGGCUACUAGUACAGAGUAAUUGCAAAAAGUGUUUACAGGAUUACUUUUAAAAACAUAAAAUUGUCAAGUAUAAAAUUUAAAUAAUAUAAAACUGAGAAAUGCCGUUUGAAAGUUUUCAUAAGAAGCAGAUUUCUGUUCAAAUUUAGUGAUGUAGCACUUGUAAAUCAUGUUUUGCAUUGACACACCUGUCUGUUUUAACAAUUUAAAUGUGUCUGUUGUUACAAAAUGAAUGGAUUUAAUUAAAUACAAACAAAUCAUGAGGAAAUUAAAACAUAAAUUGCUUUAUUUAAAAUGAUGGUUUUGAGGGCUACUGUGUGUGUGUGUGAUGGUCUAUAAAGUUGAAUGUUGUAAACAGCAGGAGAAAUGCCUGUAGAUUUUGUGUAUAACAGAGGUUCUGUUAUUAUUUCCUGUCUAUGGAGUAUGGUUGAAUAUACAGGAUUAACCUUUCUGUAACAAGUUUCAGCUUCCAUUCAAAGUUUAUCUUCACCAACAUUUGUCUUUGAUUUCAAGUUAUCAUUUUUGUUACAUUUUUCUCAUAAAAAGAGGUAAAUUUUCAAUACAAAAAACGUUGCAUUGAUUAAAUUGUUGUUCUCAUUUAAAGGACUUUACAUUUCAAGCGUCUACAUGUGGACUAUUGGACUACAAUCUCAUAAUUACCAGAUGAGGGCUAUAACUGUGGUGUCUUUGACUGUUUGUCUCUGCUUCUCUCAACAUCUUUGCAUAUCUUUACCUUGAUGUGAGGAAUUGUGUAAAAAAUAUUUGUUUGAAAUGAAUAAUAAAAUGGCGCCUUCACAUUUUUGAAAAUAUUAAACUUGAACAAUGAAAAAAUAAA